AUGAGUCGAAACCCGCUUUUCCCGACAGUGUCGCAGGAAACAUCAGCAGAGUCUCCAGCGCAAUCGGCUCCCAGUUCUUCUGGCCCCUGUCCUCGCAGUCCUCACCUAACCGACGCUCCUGCGCCAUUCAACAAGUCGACCGCAGAUGUGGUCCUCCGUUCCAAGGAUAUGAUGGACUUCCAUGUGCGGAAGGCCAUUUUGAUCGAAGCCUCCGCUUUCUUCGAGGACAUGUUCCGCUUGCCCCAGGUCACUGAAGGAGAGUCCGCCGGAUCCGGGUGGUCUGACAAGAAGUACAACCUGCCCAUCAUCCCGAUGGAAGAAGACAACGAGACACUCGACAGAUUAUUGCGGUUGUGCUACCCCAUAUCCCCUCCCGACCUUGACGAUGUCAACCAGCUGAGCAGUGUCCUGAAAGCGGCGCGAAAAUAUCUGAUGGACGACGUCGUCCAGAUGGUCUGCAUCCAAAUGCGAAAGCUGGCGAAGACGGUGCCUCUUCGAGUUUACGCUCUCGCGCUGCAGUUCGGCCUCGAGGAGGAAGCGAGAUUCGCCGCAAAGUGCUCGUUAGCCAUUCCGCUUCGCGAUAAAUAUGUCCCCGAACUGGAAGAUAUCACCGGCGGAGCCUAUUACCGAAUCCUCGACUACCACGAGAAGUGCAGCGCUGCCGCAGCAUGUCUCAGUUCUGAUUACUCGUGGGUACGCAAUCUGAACCCCAAGUAUAUCUGGUUCGGUCGGACUUCUCACGGUGUAGAUUGUGCAUUGGAGUGGGAUGGUAUAGGCAACAUUAGAGCCUGGUGGAAGAAUUCACUGCCCAUGUUGAAGGCUGUCACCGACUCCACUCCUAGUGGGGAAGCGAUCACCUACAGCCAACCGGCGGUGGUAAACGCUCUGAUAGCAGCUUCUGCAUGUAAUACUUGCAAGAACAAAGGUCCCUGGGACAUGCUGGGCUUCAUCUCCCAUUACGCGGCUGAAGUAGAUAAGGCAACGUCGCAGGUGGAAUUGGAGAUCAAGUUCUGA